GUAACAAAACGCAGACCCCCAGCGCCGAGCUAAUGGAGGCAACUUAGACAGAAGCAGGCGCGGCCCCUCGUCUCUCGGUGCUGCCUGUUCGCCCCGCAUCGGGCGCGGCGCUCCCCGCCGAGCAGCCGCCCGAGCGCCGCCGGGCCCGCGGGACUGCCUGGCCGCUUGCGGUGCCCCGAUGAUGUUACCGAGCCCCGUCACCUCCACACCCUUCUCUGUCAAAGACAUCCUCAACCUGGAGCAACAGCAGGACCCGCACUAUGGGGCCCAGCUCCCGCACCACCUGGAGCACCACUUCCACCCCGCUGCCUGCCUGCUGGCGGCCGCCGACGGCGCCCGCUUCUCCGACGGCGAUGAGGAAGAGGAGGAGGAAAAGCUCUCCUACCUGAGCCCCAUGGCAGCGCCCGGGAGCCAGGCGGACGCGCGGAUCUCCGCCGACAACUACGUUCACGCCGUGCUGCGUGGCUCCUGCGAGGCCCCCGGCCCGGGAGAAGAGCUGGACCCGGCGGUCCGAGACCCAAAGAGCUGCGUUCUGAAGAAGCCGCUAGACGCAGCGGAGAAGGCGGAGGAGACGGAGAGGCCGAAGCAGCGGAGCCGGAGGAAGCCGCGCGUACUCUUCUCCCAGGCGCAAGUCUUCGAGCUGGAGCGUCGGUUCAAGCAGCAGCGUUACCUGUCGGCGCCCGAGCGGGAGCACCUGGCCAGCAGCCUCAAGCUCACCUCCACGCAGGUGAAGAUCUGGUUCCAGAACCGGCGCUACAAGUGCAAGCGGCAGCGGCAGGACAAGUCGCUGGAGCUGGGCGGCCCCGCGGCCCCGCCGCCGCCGCGCAGGGUGGCCGUGCCCGUGCUGGUCCGUGACGGCAAGCCGUGCCUCGGCGGGUCGCAGGGCUACAGCUCGGCGUACAACGCGCCCUACUCCUACAAUGGCUUCCCCGCCUACGGCUACGGCAACGCUGCCUCCUACAACCCCGGCUACGGCUGCACCUACCCGGCGGGCACCGGCGGCGCGUCCAUGCAAGCCGCCUGCAGCCCGGCGGCGGCCGCCAGCCCCUUCGUGAACGUGGGCGGCCUGGGGGGUUUCAGCGGCGGCGGCCAGCCGCUGCACCAGCCGGCGGCGGGGCCUUCCUGCGGCCAGGGCGCACUGCAGGGCAUCCGGGCCUGGUAGCCCGCACGCACUGAGGGUCGGGAGCGGACCGACAGGACGGCCCGGCGGCUCCGCGGCCCCGUUAGCACCCGCACCGCAGCCCGGCUGCGCGCCACGCGCC